GAGGCAGCGCUUGAUUUCAACACGACGAAGUGUGCCAUCGCGUUUCAUAAACCCUCCCCUCUCCUUGCUUGGCCAAGUCAGAAACCGGCGACGACGCAGUGCGCCUGGCACGAGAGUAUUAAAGUAAAGCGCACGUAAUAUACGCUUUAAACCUUUGUAAAACACAGAUAAUGGAAAAUUAGUUGUGUCUGCGUGUUUAAUAAAUGCUGCGUAUGCCAAAAAAGGCAAUGAUACACCGUUGUCCGAGAUAAGACGGGCCGCAGCAAUCCAUGCCAAGCCACCGCGCCGAAUCCGAUGCUGUCUCGUGGCGACGUAAUCACCGUGCGUGUGCUUCUUUGUCUUUAUGUGCGUGUGUUUUCUUCUUUUCGGCAAUGCCGAGCGUGGAUUCUGGGACAAGUGCGCGGAAAUCAGCGCCGCGCUUCACCGAAGAAGAAAAAUUGAUCUUGGUCGGCCUAGUGAACAAAUACAAGCACAUUCUGGAGUGCAAGAAGACAGACGUCGCAUUUAUUAACAAGAAGACAGAGACAUGGACAGAGCUCGCAAAACAGUUCAACAGUAACCAUGGCGUGACGUCCAGGGACCCCCGACAGCUUAAAGGGGGCCCCUUUAAGAAGUGUUGGGUGAAUAUGAAGCAGAAGUGGAAGGAGGAACGCGCGGAAGAGAAGAGAAAAGUUUUCAAAACAGGAGGCGGACCGCCCCCGCCACCGAUGGAUUCAGUGUCGGCACUCGUUGGGGCAGUGGCAUCUCACAUGGCGACCCGCAUUCCAAAUGCUUACGACAGUGAUGGAGCGACGUACCUGGCACCAGUCACAAGUGAACCUGUUCUGCAGCUCCUACGGCAAUGUGCUGUGUAUUCUCUUGUUGGACAGUACAAUCAUAUUCUUCCAGAGGAUGACUACCAUCCAGGGAGCCCCACCUGUGUGGGAGUUGACAACGACACCAUCGCGCCAGCACCCCCGACCGAUCCAGAGUCGACGGAAGUAGCUCCGCCAGCAACAGCUGCAAAUGUGACAGCUAACAGUGAAGCUGCCCCAGCCGGAUCAACCAUACCCAGAGGCAGACUGUCUUUGCUGCAGAAAAGCCUUUCGGAAGAGGCUGACGUACGCUUCGCACUGUUGCGCGAGGAACACGCCUUGCGCAUGAGGCUGAUGGAAGAAGAUCACACCGACAAAUUUCAAAAACGAGAUGAGGAGCACAAGCUCCAAAUGGACAUCCUGAAGCGGCAAAAAGAUAUAAAAUAUUUGAAAUUGAAGCGCCUACAGGAGGGAAAAUAA